GAGUCCAAAAGAAAAUAAAAAUCCGGAUUCUACAUUCCAAAUUCAAUUCACUUCAGAAAACAAUUUUGGAAUCCGAAACUCAACUGACUCACUCACCGCAGCGUGAUCGAAAAGCAAACCUAAACCCACACACAGACUACCACUCUCCACUCUCUCUCAACGCACACAAUUAAUUGCGAAAUUAAAUUAAAUUAUAUUCCAGUUAAAAAAAGAAAAUAACCAAUCCACUGUGUUCAAUUUCAUUUCUCUUUUACUUAUCGAAGAAGUUUCUGAUAGACGAUUCCUCAUCCCCGAGGAGGAUUCAAUCCAUUUUUCAACUCGUUCACUGAGUGGGGUUCUGCUGCUUCAGUUACUGAGUCGAAUCGUUUUCUACCCUAUGUUUGUGUACUUGAUGUGCAUGUGCUUGAUACUUCAUGGAAACUGUGGUUGGAAUUGAAGAUAAUGAUGAUGGGAAGUUUGAAGACAGUGGACUUGACAGAAGCAGUUCUGCUCUGUCUUCACCGAAGCAAAUUUCUAACCCAAUUGUAUACAAGCUUGUUCGGGUUGAAGGUGAUGGAAGGUUAGUGCCUGCAACAGAUGAUGAAGUAAUGGAGGUGGGGGAUUUUCUUGAGUAUGAAAACAGUGAAAUGCAUGUUGUUGCUGACACUGGACAGAGUUUAGAAUGCAUAUCGAUUGAAAGAUCAUCUUCUGGGAAGCUUCGAUUGGAGUGCACGGAAGGCUCCACAGAGGCUGAUUUGGGGAAACUAAAUGCAAAAUUACAGUACAUUGAGCAGAUUUUGCAAAAGGUCAAAGAAGAGGAGAAACAACGCAUAUCAUGUGGAUCACCUGUUCAUUCUCAUGUAAAUGCAGACAGCCAGUGUUCAGCUGAUAAAUGUCUUGUCACGGAUGGGAAGGUUCAAUCUGAAACUCCCUACCAGGAAAUUCCUUCUAUAGCGUCGAGUUUAAAUUAUACUCAUAGCAAUCAAUCUGGGAGUAUGGAUCAGUGUUCUAGACCUUCAGAAGGAGUAAUGGAAAGUGGGUCAUCUGCUUCUGCUGUCCAUUCCAAUUUGAAGCCUGACCUUUCAAUGUCAGACGGAGAAAUAUGCUUGGACAAGCUAUCAAUCAGAGAACUUCAUGAACUGUUUAAGGUAACUUUUGGUCGAGAAACUACUGUGAAAGAUAAACAGUGGCUGAAAAGGAGGAUUGCCAUGAGUUUAACCAACUCAUGUGAUGUUUCAGCAACAACUUUCGUUAUUAAAGAUAACAAAAUAGUUAGAAAAUUUGUUGAAGAAAGUUCUGGAAAUAUGAAUGUUGCGUCCUUAAUUUCUUCGGAAAAUAUGACUGAAAAAGAGGAUAUCAACUUUAAGGAUUCGUCUGCUGUAAAUGCUUGUGGAAUUGAUGAUAAACAAGUUGUUUCUGAAAUAAGAUUGAGAAAUCAAAAUACAGAAUAUGGAUUGGAAGAUAUGACUAAUCAGAAAGAACAGAGAGCUGCAAAAAGAAUUAGGAGACCUACAAAGAGAUAUAUUGAAGAGCUCUCUGAAAAUGAAUCUAAAGAGCACAGUCCUAGGUUGCCAGUAUCUAAUAAAAACAUGGAACUUGGACAUGUUUCUUCAACAUCACAUGUCAGGCCUGCUAGAAAUACUUUUUCAGAGGUGAGAACAUGUGGCACGAGGUUCGCCUCUCUUGGAGGAUCUGAUGUCGAGAUUCCUUGUGUGUCUUGGAUUCGGAGAAGUCGUCCAAGGAAAGAUAUGGCAUCUCUUAUGAAAUUCCAUCCAAGUGCCAUGAGUGAGACUGAAAAAUUGAGUAAUAAGCUCAUUGAGCACAGUUCUGAUGCUGUUGGUGAGAUUCCAGAUAAAGUUUUCAAGUCUAGAAUGCCUGCUACGUUUCAUCAACCAUCUUCUUCUGAACCUGAGAAAGAGAAGCAGUGUCCAGUAAUAGCAACAAUUGAGCCACGGCAGGAAUUGAGGCCAAAAAGGGCAGAUCCACCAGGCCAUACUUCAGAUGACAACAUAGUUACUGUUCCCACUGCAAAAGGAGGGAUGAGGAGGAAGCAUCACCGGGCAUGGACACUUGUUGAGGUCAUAAAGUUGGUUGAAGGCGUGUCAAGGUGUGGAGCAGGGAGGUGGUCUGAAAUCAAACGCCUCUCCUUUGCAUCAUACUCAUAUCGAACAUCUGUUGAUCUUAAGGACAAGUGGAGGAAUUUGCUCAAAGCUAGCUUUGCAAUGACACCUGCACCUUCUGAUGAGGGGAUAAAUUCGCGGAAGCAUGGUACGGCUCCAAUUCCUGAGAAAAUUUUACUACGUGUAAGAGAGCUUGCUGAAAUGAAUUCUCAGGUUCCUCCAAACAUCAGCUCAAACAAGGUAGCAGCUGGUGGAGGGAGUGUGCAUGAAGAUAGAUCAGGCUACUUGUAAAUAAAUACCAAACUCUUUAUCAGGAAGCAAUUUUUUUUUGUUAAAACUGAUUUCUGCACUUUGUUAGACCAAUCCUUUCUUGGAAAGGCUAGAGAGAGUAGAUGCAAUCUUGUAGACAGUUGAGAGGAGAUUGAUUAGAUGUUUUAUGCCUUAAAACGAUGAAUAGAAUGAUGUCAGUUUUUGAUU